AUGGAGACAAAGAAGCUCUGGCCAUCAGGAGGUGCACACCUUCAAAGCUCGAGCCUGAACGUGCUCAGUCGCUGUGUCUCUGGCUGCGAAAUUCCAGAGCAGAUCACGGCAACACAGACAUUUGAGGCAACGAGCCCCGAAGUACAAGAUACUGACGCUAGCACUGCCCUAGCAGCGGGAAUUAGGGACCUCCAGCCUCCCCAGACAGGCCCACAAAGCGCUCAUCUUCGGCACCUCGUUAUGGAGUUUAUUUCGGGACCAUCUCCGAAAGAAUAUGGUCCAGAUAGCGCUGCAGUGUAA